UCUCUUCAGUGUAAACGGAAGCGAACUGUAACCAAGAGCAAUUUCAACGUUAGCGGUUUUAUUUAGACGUUUAUUAACACCCUAGAACUCAGAAUAUGACUAAUGUAACUGCACACCAUCACAUACGUACCCCAUGUACUGUUUAAUUCGCGUUCGACUUGGUUGAUAUAUGUUUAGGUAACGCUAGCUAGUAGCUGCUAAUAAUGGCUAACUGUAUGGUUUUUCACACUCAAAUAGCCUCCAUCAUGGAGGUUCUAGCGAAUUCAGCCGUGGCAGAGAUCUGUAAACUCGUAGACGACGACUAUGCAGUGUUUCGUUUGGAAAUAACUCAAAGCCAAAAAGAAAACAGGGCAUUGCGGAGGAAACUACAGCUAGUGGAACUGAAGGUGGCACGAGAGCGCGUCCUCGCAAGUCGUCCCAAUAGUGUCAAGAUCCUCGAACGAUACAAAGGAAUGGCGAGAGGUACAUUUUCAUUUUGCAGAAGUCGGGGGCUGUUGCCAUGUUGUCCUCACCACGUGUUCAGAUGCGUUACCCAGAAUUGGGUCUUGGUGAAGGACAUCUCACUGGAGGCCACAGGAGCUUUGUGAAGCCAGCGUGGAGAGAUGACCAACCCUUAGCUAUAGAUGAGGGGAGUGGAACCUCAAACCAGCAUGUUAUUGUGAUAGAGUCUACAGAUGCAGAGGCUGCAGGUCCUGGGGUGAAGCUGGAGAGGUCUGAAGGAGAGGAGGACCCACGGCACAGCAGAGACAUCCAGACUGGAUCGGCUGGAGCGCCCCCUAUAGCCACGGAGGAUACCGCAACUGCUGCCGCGCCCAAUGCCAAGACUCGACGCAGCAUCACGGAGGUCAGUGGAGCGCCGAACGCCGUCAUCAAGUCAGAGACAGACACAGAGACUUUAACUGUAAAACACAGGCUCUUACAUACAGGAUCUGACUACAGAUCAGACCCAGAGAGACUGAUGCUGGGAAGAAUGGUCUGUCCUCCUGCUCCUGGCUUGGAAUACUUACCGGUAUUUCACCAGAGCCAGAGGACGGUUCAUUCCCGUGGGGAUGGUGAUGGUGACACGUUAGACACUGGCAGUGAUGAUCCAUCUUGUUCUUACACUACAGAGAUGGACCCUGGCAACAUAUCCUUGGGUUUAGAGACACAGACUGAUCUAUCUAGAGGGGACUGGAACCAGUACAGUAGUAGUGUAUACUCUGAAGGGUCCCUAGAUAAGAAAGGGGAGGUUAUAGUGGUAGAUGAGGUGACUGUGAAAGUAGAGGGUGACGCUCCUCCCACAUGGAAUGCAGAUUGUCACCAAGGAGAAGGACACUCACAGGGCAGAGAUUGCUUAGAUUACAGGGGAAGCUUAGAGACAAAUACAAAUGUUGUGACCCACUCCCCUGUACACAGGUUCUGGGAUCGCGACCCAGUGUCAACGUCGAUGGCAUCUUCUGAUUCUCAAGGCCGUGUACUUUUUGAUCAAGUAUUGAAUUCAAACGACAGGGCUAGAGCCCAGGCUCAGGGAGGGGGAGCCACACCAGGCAAUAGUAAAGAGAAACGGUUCCUCUGCAUGUUCUGUAACAAAGGCUUCAGCUGCCCCCAGAAGGUUGAGGUCCACCAGAGGGUCCACACAGGUGUGAAACCCUUCAGCUGUACCCAAUGUCAUAUGCGCUUCGCCCAGGCUGGCAACCUGAAGAGGCACCAGAGGGUCCACACAGGGGAGAAACCCUACAGCUGCCCCCAGUGUGAGAAGAGGUUCUCCCGCCAACACCAGCUGAAGAUGCACCUGAAGGUCCACACGGGAGAGAGGCUGUUUGCCUGUACUCACUGCGGGAAGAGGUUCUCAGAGAGGAGCUACCUCAGGAUACACCAGCAGAAAAACCAUUCCACUCCAUAAAAUAGAAAGUAACCAUUCCACUCAAUAGACGUUUAGAUCAAACCCUGCAUUAAAGACAAAUGAAUUGUCAUUGUUGUCAGCAGAAAAUAUCCACAGAUGCAUUUGGAAUAACGAGAGUAACAGAUUUGACUUUAGAAUAUUCCUGGGAAGAGUAUUGCAUCCAGACAUUGUGUGAUAUAAGGCAUAUAUACUGAACAAAAAUAUAAACGCAACAUGUAAGGUGUUGGGCCAUGUUUCAUGAGCUGAAAUAAAAGAUUCCAGAAAAGUUCCUUAUGCACAAAAACAUUCCUCCUUUGCCAAGAUAUUCCAUCCACUUGGCAGGUAUGGCAAGUGGUUAGAGCGUUGGGCCAGUAACCGAAAGGUUGCUGAAUCGAAUCCCUGAGCUGACAAGGUAAAAAAGUUGUUGUUCUGCUUCUGAACAAGGCAGUUAACCCACUGUUCCCCGGUAGGCCGUCACUACUGUUAAUAAGAAUUUGUUCUUAACUGACUUGCCUAAUUAAAUAAAGGUUAAAUAAAAAAA